AUGUUGAAAUCCUUAAGGAAAAGCCUAACAAGGCUUCAACACAAGUGUGUGAAUAAGCAGAGGAGUGAAGGUGAUAGGAGUGUGUCAGUGCAUGGUGAAGACUUGGUUGGUUUGCCUGUGCAGUGUUGCAAUUGUUGCAUAGAGGAAACCAAACAGUGCAAUUGUGACCACAUUCAUGCCGCAGAAGACGUAAAUGUCGACUCUCAGCGUGAUGCUAACGCCAACAGUUCUUUUGUUCAUGCUGUCAUCAACAUGGUGGGGAUGCUCAUAGGUUUGGGGCAACUAUCAACACCAUAUGCUGUAGAAAGUGGAGGGUGGGUGUCUGCAUUCUUGCUUAUAGGACUAGGGGUGAUGUGUGCUUAUAGUUCUCACAUACUUGGAAGAUGCCUUAGAAUGAAUCCCAAGUUAAGAAGCUUUGUGGAGAUUGGGAAGCAUGCAUUUGGAUCAAAAGGAAGAUUGGUGGCUGCAACAAUCAUCUACAUGGAAAUCUUCAUGUCCCUUGUUUCCUACACCAUCUCAUUACAUGAUAAUUUGACCACAGUGUUUCUGGGGAUAAAUCUGAAGCUGCACUUCCCUAUAUUCUCCUCGUCGCAGCUCCUAACUGUGGUGGCAGUCCUCAUUGCCCUCCCUAGUUUAUGGAUCAGAGACCUUUCUUCCAUAUCUUUCCUUUCAGGUGUUGGUAUUCUCAUGUCCCUACUCAUUUUUCUGUGUGUAGCAGCCACUGCACUUUUAGGUCAUGUCCAAUCUAAUAACCAUACCAUACCUGUUCUCCAACUCCAUAAUAUUCCAUCAGUAUCUGGCCUUUACGUCUUCGGCUAUGGAGGACAUAUUGUUUUCCCUGAAUUAUAUACAGCCAUGAAAGAUCCCUCCAAAUUUACCAAGGUUUCUAUUGUGAGCUUCGCAGUGGUGACAGCAAUUUACACAACGCUGGGGUUUAUGGGUGCAAAGAUGUUUGGUAAGGAUGUGAAGUCUCAGAUAACUCUUAGCAUGUCGCCGGAGCACAUUGUGACAAAGAUUGCUCUGUGGGCAACCGUGGUAGCACCAAUGACCAAAUACGCACUUGAAUUCACACCUUUCGCCAUUCAACUAGAACAUUCACUUCCAAGCUCCAUGAGUGGCAGAACCAAAAUGAUAAUUAGGGGUUGCGUAGGUUCAUUUUCACUUUUGGUCAUACUAACCCUGGCUCUCUCGGUUCCUUAUUUCGAACAUGUACUAAGUCUCACUGGUUCCCUUGUUAGUGUUGCCGUUUGUUUAAUCUUGCCAUGUGCUUUCUAUGUGAAGAUAUGUUGGGGUCAAAUAUCAAACCCUAUCUUGCUCCUAAACCUCUUUCUCAUCACAUUUGGCUUUGUUCUUGCUGUGAUAGGCACCAUUUCCUCCUCAAAGUUGCUACUCAAAAGUUUUCAAUUGCAUCACUCAAGUUAG